AUGGUUCGUCUCGCGUGUCGCGUGUCGCGAGCCCCGCGAGGGCAGAGCCGCAACAAGAUCAGCCAGACCCGGCGCCGCAACGCGGGGCGAGCCGCAGGGGCUCUGCCGGUGGAGGUGGAGACGCAAAUCAGAGAGGAUGGCAUGUUCCGGCACUCGGAGAUCAAAAGCGCCCACAAGGACGCAGUGAUGUCUGUGGUCAUGGCCGCCGACUGCAUCUACACCGCCUCCCGCGACAAGACCCUGAAAAGGUGGAAGGUGUGCACCACCGCCGGGGCCUUUGAGCUGAAACCGGAGCUGGAGGUGCCCCUGGGGGAGGUCUGUUGGUGUCUCAUCAGCGCCGGGGAUUGGCUUUUCUGUGGCCUGGGCGAUGGCAACAUCAAGGGCUUCAUGAAGAACGGGCAGGAGGCGGUGCUAAGAGGCCACGCCAAGCGGGUGAGCUCCUUGAUCACGCACCAGCACGUGCUCCUCUCCGGGGCCUCCGAUGGCUCCGUGCGGUGCUGGCAGCUGAACGCCCACACCUCCACCUUCGAGUGCACCCACAGCAUCUCCGAGGGCAUCUCCGGCAGCGUCACCUCGCUGGCGGUGCUCGGGGAGGGCCUCUGGGUGGGCGGCACCUCGGGGGUGGCGUUGGUGGAGCUGGCCUCGCUGCGGGUGGUGAAGCAGCUGGAGCCCCGGAAGUACGUCAGCGGCCUGCUGCAGUUCGAGGGUCACAUGAUCGUCGUGUACGCGGACGGCAGCAUCUGCAUCUUCGACGCUCUCGGGGAGCAGAAGCACAAGCAGCCCGCGCUGCCUGCGGGCCCCGUGCUGUGCAUCGCGGGCCUGGAGAGCGGGCCGCGGGUGCUGUGCGGCCACGCCAAGGGGCAGGUGAGCUCCAUCACCCUGCCGAACUUCGUGCUGAAGAAGCACUGGCAGGCGCGCCCGGCGCUUGGGGCGCUUGGGCUUUGGGCUGGGGGGGGGGGGCGCUUGGCGGGGGGUGGGGGGGGGGGGGGCGGGGGGGGGGGAAUGGGGCCAUGGUCUGGGUAUGGCGCAAGUCAGGCAAGCGUACUGUGGAUGGUUGCGAAGCUGUUCGCACAAGUUUGGCGGUUGAUAUUUGUUUUUUAA